UAAAGGAUUACUGUCUGCGCGGCAAGUACAUCAAGUUCCCAUCGUUAGAUCUGGGCUGAGAGAUAUAUUGGAAGAAACGCCCACGACUGGAAGAAAACCACAGCUGAAGAUGAGGGAACAGCAGCAAGUGAACCAGCUCGAUGACUGAGAGCACCAACUGAAGAGAACCAUUCUGACUCAGAGUUUCCAUUGAUUCACUCAGGGGAAAGUUUGGGCAUCACCAGCAGGUGGAGCUGUCCUGCACCGCGACCAAAGUGUAAACAAGACGACGACAAUCAACAAUCGUCAGUCAGAAUCAGAAUGGCUACAGGUGGGAAGUUAAAUCUGGUACGGAAAGCACUCAAGAGGUUCUUACCAUGCAAGUUAUUGAGGGAAGAUGGUCGGGACCCGGGAAGCAAGGUACCAAAGCAGGGUCGGAUUGAGAGCAAUGUCCCAAUAGACUGUGGUCCAGCCGCAGCAGAAGUGGAGCAAAUUCAGCCCAGAGACAGUGACGUCAGAGACACUGAUCCGGACCCUGGAACCGGUACAAGUGAGGCGACUGUCUGUCAGCCCAGAGACAGUGACGUCAGAGACACUGAUCCGGACCCUGGAACCGGUACAAGUGAGGCGACUGUCUGUCAGCCCAGAGACAGUGACGUCAGAGACACUGAUCCGGACCCUGGAACCGGUACAAGUGAGACGACUGUCUGUCAGCCCAGAGACAGUGACGUCAGAGACACUGAUCAGGACCCUGGAACCGGUACAAGUGAGACGACUGUCUGUCAGCCCAGAGACAGUGACGUCAGAGACACUGAUCAGGACCCUGGAACCGGUACAAGUGAGGCGACUGUCUGUCAGCUCGGAGGCUCAUUGAAGACGAAAUUGUCAAGUCCCCAACAAGGAGCAGAGCCAGAGUUUGCAAUCUCUGACCUCCUGGCGCAGGGGGGUGAAUAUCGACUGUACCAACUGACAAAGUUCUACAGGGACAGACUGGAACAAGCGAUUGAAGAGAAGGUUGAAAGGCUCGGUUGGAUGUUGACAAAGGAGGGACAUUUCAGUCGAGAAGAAAAUGAGAAAGUCACUGAACUGACAGAGAAGGAACACCGCUCAGAGAGUUCCAGACUAUUCCUCAGUCUGGUGAUGGGCAAAGGCUCCCAGGCCCGGAGGGCGAUGUGGGAAUCCUUUGUGACAUGGAGGACUGAGUUACCGAAGUUGGACAGAAUACUGAGGGAAAUACAGGAAUUCGGUCCUGAUCGAGAGGAGUACAUGAACAUCGCCGAUGGGUUAUCUGAGUUACCCACUCAACUAAUAGAUGUUCAACAGAAACACAAGGAGACUCUGCGGGCACAAACUGAAAAGCUGAGAGUGAACACUAUCCUGAUGAGGGAGAAGGUGAAAGUUUUCCAGCUGGUUGAUCGAUACGCUGAGCUCACGGUAAUUUCUACUCUUCGAGAUCGGAGACUGGUGGAACAUGAGCUACUGGCAAGAGGCAGAGACCACGAGGAGUGGAGAGAGAAACAUCUCCGCGGAGAGCUGGAGAAAAUCCGCACUGAUCAUCUGUUUCAGAGCAGUUACUCAUAUAGUUUCUGGAAAACAAUGAAAAGAUUCUUCACACGAUCAUCUUCGGGAAGUUCGGCUGUCGUGGCCGGCGUCCCGGGGAUCGGGAAAACAACAAUGGUUCAAAAGAUUGUUUAUGACUGGGCCACGGGGAAAAUAUACCAACAAUUCCAGUUUGUCUUCAGUUUCAAAUUCCGGGAUUUAAACACUAUUAACUGUAGAAUAAACCUGAGGGAACUGAUUCUGGAUCAAUAUCCUUACUUUGGGAAUUUCCUGAGAGAGGUCUGGAAGAACCCAGAGGGAUUGUUGUUUAUAUUCGAUGGUUUGGAUGAAUUCAAGCACAGAAUCGAUUUUGCUGACAGUCGGAGAGACACAGAACCCAAGCACCAGUGCCCAGAUCCCGAGUGGUGGUGUGAAGUGUCUGACAUUGUGUAUAAUUUAAUCCAGCACAAGCUACUCCCGGGGUGUUCAGUGCUGGUGACCACCCGUCCCACUGCUUUAGAUUUAUUGGAAAAGGUGGAGAUCAGUGUCUGUGCUGAAAUCCUGGGAUUUGUUGGUGAGGAACGGAAGGAUUAUUUCUAUAGGCAUUUUGAAGAUCAGACGGUGGCAGCAGAUGUUUUCAAACACGUGCGGGAGAACGAGCUCCUGUACACCAUGAGCUACAACCCCUCCUACUGCUGGAUCCUCGCUCUGGCACUGGGCCCCUUCUUCACACAAAGAGUCAGGGACCCCCAGCGAGUUCCCAAGACUAUAACCCAAUUAUAUUCCUACUAUACUUACAACAUCUUAAAAAACCACGGCCGUGAGAUUGAGAAUCUCCGCGAUGUGUUACUCAGGGUUGGUCAGAUGGCCUUCACAGGACUGUCCCAGAAAAAGAUCGUCUUUACAGAUGGCGAUUUGAUCAGCUACAAUCUGCAGCCUUCGCAGUUUUUGUCCGGGUUCCUGAUGGAGCUUUUAGAGAGAGAGGAUUCUGCCCGGUGUGUGGUGUACACAUUCCCACACCUCACCAUCCAAGAGUUUGUAGCUGCAGUCGCACAAUUCCUGACUAUACAUCCCAGGAAAAUCCGGAAAUUCCUCACUGAAGCCCACAACACGACAGAUGGGCGAUUUGAAGUAUUUCUCCGUUUUGUUGCUGGUCUCUCCUCCCCAAUGACAGCUCGGGGUCUGGAGGAGUUCCUGGGUCCAUUUGCUAAUGAAACAACCUGCCGGGUGAUUGACUGGGUGAAGGAGGAGGUUGAACGUCAGAUUGGAAACACAGAGACUGAAACUGGUAAAAGGAGCCUCCUGAACACAUUGCACUACCUGUUUGAGUCUCAGAAUCGUGGAGUGGCUCGGGCUGCACUGGGAUCUGUGGAGACACUUUCAUUCCGCGGGAUGACGCUGACCCCGAUUGACUGCGCGGUGCUGUCUCAUGCCAUCGGACUCUGUGAUACAAUAAAACAGCUCAAACUGGAGUACUGCCACAUUCAGUGUGAAGGAAUCCAGCGGCUGGGACCCGGGCUGCACAAGUGCCAAGAUUUGAGACUUGGGGAUAAUAAACUGGGAGAUUCAGGAGUGCAAGUGGUGUCUGCGGCUCUGAGAAACCAGGAGUGUAAAAUACUGACACUGUGGCUGGACUACGUUGGUCUCACAGAUUCUGGUGCCGAAGAUCUCGCCUCCGCUCUCAGUACAAAUAAAUCACUGGUGGAGCUGAACCUGAGUGGUAAUGAACUGGGAGAUUCUGGAGUGAUACUGGUGUCUGCGGCUCUGAGGAACCCAGAGUGUGAAAUACAGAAACUGUGGCUCUACAGUGUUGGGCUCACAGAUUCUGGUGCCGAGGAUCUCGCGUCCGAUCUCAGUACAAAACGAUCAAUGAAGGUGCUGAGCUUGGCAUCAAACUCGCUCACAGACCUAUUUGUCCCCGCUCUCCGUCGCCUCGUACUGAACCUCCCGCGUCUGGAAUGGAUCCGCCUGGCGGGGAAUCAGUUCAGUGAGACCGGGAAGAAGGAACUGGAGUCUCUGAAGGAAACCCGACCCGGACUGAAAGUGGAGCUGUGAACGUCUGCAUGUGUGAACAUCCCCGCCCGCGGGAUAGGAGUAUUUUGACCGAUUUCCUUCCCUCCUAUAGUGCGCUCCCUCCUCUUUAAUUUCCAACGGUUCUAAUGGACCCUGGUUCUGGGCGAGCCCGCUGCGUCGUCAGAGUUGGCCCCGCAGUGACGUAUUCAGCCUCACGUCAAGUGUCGCUGCUUCCGGCGUACAUCCGUGUUGAGAGCUCCACCAAGUGUGACCCCGGGGAAUUACACAGACAGGAAGACCCCGUGGGUGGGGCUCAGUUCCCAGGGUGAGAUUAUCCCGGGAGAGAAAGCUUUUGUUCACUAUGGGCUGAGGACGAUGCCUUCGGCAGUCUGGCCGAUAUAAUGAUGUUAAAUUGACAAAUCCCUCGGCAGUGACACUGGUCUGCAGCGAUCUCGGACACUGCCCUGAAGUGUGAUUUUAUAAGCAUAGGCUCCACGAUGCAGAGUGUCGCUGAGAAACGGGACUGAUUAUUCAACCUGUGACUCGUUGUGGGCGGUCAGUUAAUUGUGUGUGACUGUGAUAGAGGUUGCAGCCACUGUCUGAGUAUCUGACGGGGCUGCUGCUCAGGUUCGGGCUGCAUUUCAGCCCCGCCCUUCUCAUAUACGGGCACCCGAUACAGAACAGGGCGGGUCACAAGGAGGAUCUCCUGGUGGGAUUGUUCCUGGGCUGGGCCAAAAUGGUCAUUCACGGAUCCAGACGGUGGUACGUGGAGGGCUGUGCCCGUCCGAAUGUUUGUCCCCCUUCCGAGGAUGCGUUCGUGCCCAGCUGUCCUCGGAGAGGGAGCAUGCGGUCGCAAUGGGUACAUUGGGGGAUUUGCGGGAGCGCUGGGCCCCACAGGGAAUCGACUGUUUAAUAGACGCACGUAACCAUUUUUUUUAAACUGAGUGUACUCACAGUAAUGUAAAAUAUGUGUGAUUGUUCCUUGUGUAUUUGUUGUGCAAAUAAACUUUUAUAGUUUUGUAAAUAAA